CGUCAUCUUCGUUGAUAUACCUCUCCUUUUAAAAAAAGACGCAAUCUUCUUCACCCAACAGUAGUCGGAAAAUGGCAACGAUAUCAAGUUUCAACGUUGCAACCCCGCGAGUGGUCGCCAACGGCUCAACCCAGGCUCGUCGCGCGGGCCCGGUCAGCCUGAGCUACCCGUGGAAGAUGGGGACCGGGACAACCCGGAUGGGAUCGGGUCGUGUCCGACAGGUGAGGGCGGCGGCGCCGGAUAGGAUAUCGGAGAAGGUGGAGAAGAGCAUAAAGGAGGCGGAGGAGACAUGCUCCGACGACCCGGCGAGCGGCGAGUGCGUGGCGGCGUGGGACGAGGUCGAGGAGCUGAGCGCGGCGGCUAGCCACGCCAGGGACAAACAGAAGGCCGGCGGAAACGACCCGCUCGAGAAUUACUGUAAGGACAAUCCCGAAGCCGACGAGUGCCGUACAUACGAUAAUUGAUGUUUGUUUCUGGUUAUAUAUAUUGGGACUGGACUGGUCUAGUGUCUGCUGUAAUGUUGAUUAGUUGUCGCAUGGUUUAGACGGUCGAUACACACUGUCGUGUAAUGAUUGCUCCAAGAAAAAUCUGCUCCUUUUUGGGACAUGACCAGCUCA